AAACCACACGGUGCCCCCUGUUUAGUAACGUUACAGGAGCUGAGCGCUGCAGCUGAGACUCGGACUAUUUCUUUGUUUUUGUUUUAUCUUUACAGCUUGAAAACUGGUGGAAAUGUUCAACAGUAACAUCAGGGAGUUUGACGAGGAUCCGUUUUUCUCGGAUCCAUUUCGUGCUCACAGGGACCACAUGCGGCAGAUGAUGCGUAGCUUCUCUGAGCCGUUUGGCGGGCCUAUAAUGCCCAGUAUAAUGGAUGGGAGAAACCGUGGUCGCGACGGGACUGACCAUCCCAGCUCAUCCCUCGCUCUGAGAAGUGAACACAGGGACAUGAGUCGGUCAUUGUUGCCCUUUGGCAGUAUUGACAGCACGGACAUGAUGAGGAAUCCCUUUGGCAUGUUUGACAACAUGAUGGCCAACAUGAGAAACAGGAUGGAGGAAAUGAAUAGAAACUUUGAGAAUGCACCCACAGACUCAAACACCCACUCUUUCAGCUCCUCAUCAGUAAUGACAUAUUCAAAAGUUGGGAACGAACCUCCCAAGGUCUUCCAGGCGACCUCAUCAACACGCCGUGCCCCUGGAGGCAUCAAGGAGACCCGGCAUGCAGUUAAAGACUCUGAAAGUGGACUGGAGAAGAUGAGAAUCGGUCACCACAUCCAGGACAGAGGACAUGUUGUCGAGAAGAAAUACAACAAGAAAACAGGAGAGAAAGAGUUCAAUCAGGACUUCCAGAAUUUAGAUGAAUCCGAAGCACAGUCUUUUGAUGAUGAGUGGCAGCAGGAAGUGUCCAAGUUUGAGUCGUCUGGCCCCAUGUCUCGCCUGAAGGAACCUCGACCCCGUGCUGCUCAGCAGGCAGCCCUCACCGGUCCCGGGCAGGCCCACAGACACCAACAAAUUGCCAUGACUGAGGGUAAAAGCAAAAUGAACUCAAACUCAGCAAAGCAGUAAAAAUCACCCGUCUGUGUGUUCAUUAAAGUCUUUCAAGCAUCAUACCGACACCCUGGUGCCUCCACACCUCCACGCACAAACUCACACAGAGGACACGGACCCAGGUUUUAAGAAAGUUACUCUCCAUCUGCGGUAUUUUACAUUAUUGCUGCACAUUGUCUCAAGUGUCUUGUACAGGUUUAGAUUUAGAGUUAAGGGAGGAAAAAUUGCUGCAAGCUAAUUUCAAUACCUCAGUGGUAUUAAUGUAAGGCUCCUGAAAAAGAAAAAUCUAUUUAAGAAUCUACAUUUUGCCUCGGAGAAUGAUCAACAGUAAUGAAAAUUUUAUCAUUUGUAGUAUGUUGGCUGUAGAACAUUUAAAGCCCACGUUAUUAUACUUAGUAUUCACACUUGUAGCUUUGUGUUCUUGUUUCUUUAACAUAAACCAAGAAACAGCUCAUCGAUGUAGUGAAACUAAGAAGCACAUUGACAUGUCACGUUUCAACACAAAAACAAUUUCUAUUUUUCAUACUGCCUCUGUUAAUAUAAUUCAACAAGACACAGAAUGUAGUGAAUUACUGACUCGUGUGAAAUCCACUAAUGCACUUAGGCAAUAUCUACAUUAUUUGUAAUUAUAAUGUCCAGCACCUGAUGUUCUAAAUAUAUGUAUUUUAUCUGCUGUAAUCUUUGUAAAAAGAAAAACGUACCCUUCUUUUUUUAUAUAUAUUGUUACUUUGGUUGCUCAUGUUUUUCAUCUGAUGAACUCCACCGUGCUGCAUAAUAUAAACUCGACGGAUUAUUCUCAAUAAUUCACGUUUUAUUCUUGUAUAUUUUGGCGAGCUUCAAAAAUAAAGCCUGUAUCAACACAGGCUGUUGUCUGCAAAUAAAAAUGUGAACAAUAA